AUGAGACGUUCGUCGAAUGGUGUUAUCAAUUCACUAGAUGAUUCAAUACUUGAACGAUUUUGUUCAGAAAUAUUGCCUAAAAUUCAAUAUAAAAUCAAGUGGCUUGAUCUCGAACCAUUAUAUAUGGAACGUAUUCUUCUUGCUGCUGACUAUCCUAAUUUACAUGGACUUUCUCUUUUCAAUAUUGACCGUGAGACAAUUUUACGUUUGUUUGGUGGUAAGCAUUUUCAUUUCUACUGA